AUGUGUCAUAAAAUAAUGAACAAAUUCCAACAAAGACUUCAUCAUGCGCCCUCAACUCCUUUAUUCAAAACUUGUGUCUAUUUUUCAAAUUGGUCGGUUUACCAGAAAAAGCAUUUUCCACAAGACAUACCGAUUGAAUAUUAUACCCAUGUGUUUUAUGCAUUUAUACUUAUUGAUGAGCAAACAGGGAAGUUAAAAUUUAGUGAUGAAUGGUGUGAUUUGCAAAUGCCACAACCACCACCCAAUCAAUCAAUUACUGGUAAUUUGCAACAAUUUUAUGAAAUGAAAAAGGCAAAUCGUCAUUUGAAAUUAAUCAUGUCGAUUGGUGGAUGGGGGACGUGCCAUUUAUUUGAAAGUGUAGUGUGCAGUAAUACCAAGUUUGAUAAUUUUGUCAAUAGUACUAUUGAAUUUGUUGAUAAAUAUGGGUUUGAUGGGGUUGAUAUAGAUUGGGAGUAUCCAAAAGAUUCAACACAAGCCGCCAAAUUGGUAGAACUUUUGGCUCGAUUAAGAAAUAAGUUGAAUCCCAAAUACAUUCUCACAGUGGCAGCUCCUGGAGGAACUGAUAAUAUUGAUGUUUUAAAAAUUCCAGAAAUGGAUAAAUAUUUGACAUUUUGGAAUCUAAUGUGUUAUGAUUUCGCCGGUGAAGGUUGGUCUUCCAAAACUGCGUUUCAUUCCAAUCUAUUUGGCAAUAAUGGAGAUAAUUCAUUAAAUGCAUCAGAUAUAGUUCAAACUUACAUUAAGAGGGGGGUUCAUCCAUCAAAAUUGAUUUUGGGGAUGCCAAUGUAUGGGAGAGUAUUUCAUGGUGUUGAUCGACCAGAAAUUGGUGUUUCAUUUACAAAGGAGAGGAAAUCAGGUUGUAUAGAAGGUGAUGUUGUGGAUUACAAUAAAUUUGGUGAAACUUUUGAUUAUGAAGAUUUUGAUCCUCGAAAGGUGGGUGCAUUGAAGUACGAUUCCCGUAACAAACAACUAAUUACGUUUGAUAACCCACAAUCAGCUAGAAUCAAAGCUAGUUUUGUACGACUGAAACAGUUGGGUGGUGGCAUGUGGUGGGAUUCAGCUGGUGAUGCCACAGUAUCCAAUGAUAGAUGUUUGGUAAAGAAUUUUGUUGAUCAGUUAGGUGGUGUUGAACUACUUGAAAAAUCAGAGAAUAACCUCCAUGGUUGUUAG